GCGCAGCGCCCGCUGCGCCCAGCAAAACCUAGCGAGCUCCACCCCCCAGCGCCGCCGCCGCCGCCUCCUCAACCCUAGCUCGCCCGCAGCGCCGCGGCCUCCUCCCUCCCAUCCUCCCCACCGGCAGCCAUGGCGACGGAGCUGGCCUACGCGCCGCCCAUGAAGUCGGGCAAGCUCGGGUUCGAGGGCACCCAGGAGGUGCAGCACCGCAUCCGCAUCACCCUCUCCUCCAAGUCCGUCAAGAACCUCGAGAAGGUGUGCUCGGAUCUGGUGAAGGGCGCCAAGGAGAAGCAGCUCAAGGUCAAGGGCCCCGUCAGGAUGCCCACCAAGGUGCUCAACAUCACCACCAGGAAGUCCCCCUGCGGAGAAGGGACCAACACCUGGGAUCGGUUUGAGAUGCGGGUGCACAAGAGGGUGAUCGACCUUGUCAGCUCCCCAGACGUUGUCAAGCAGAUCACCUCUAUCACCAUCGAGCCCGGCGUCGAGGUCGAAGUGACCAUCAGCGACCAGUAGUUAUGCUACCCCAUGAUAUGUGUCUUUAAAUCUUUUUACAAGGGUGGAGAGACACCUCCAACGUACCAAGAUAUUUUUGAAACUUUCUGUAGUAUGAGAACUGGGUUUUGUAUGACUAGGUUCUUUGCUUCGUGAUUCUAAGUGCCUAUCGUCCUAAGUUAUCUUCCGUCAUAUUUCGUUGA